AUGUAUGGUGAGAUAAAGCUUAUAAUACAAACUAAACUUUCUUCAGUAAAAUUCAUAGCUCUUACAACAGACUGCUGGACAUCUAACAAUGGGCAUCCUUUUAUUGGUUUGACAGCACAUGCAAUUUCUAAUGAGUGGAAAUUGGAAACUUUUUGUUUAGCCUGUACUUCAUUAGAUGUUGACCAUACGGCCCAGAAUCUUCAACGAUCAAUAAAAGAGAUACUACUUGAAUGGAAAAUUGACAAUGAAAAAAUUACAGCAAUUACAACAGAUUGUGGCGCAAAUAUUGUAAAAGCAGUCGGUUUAAUGAAUUUUAAUCAUGUUGCUUGCUUUGGUCAUGCGUUAAACACAGGAGUUACUCGUGCAUUUAAUAUCCAACCUAUAAAAGUUUGCAUUACAAAUGCAACAAGAAUACGUUCAAUUUUCCAUUAUAGUAAUAAAAUGAAGAGAUUGUUGUUAGAAGCCCAAAAUGAGUUGAAACUUCCCACAUUGGUUGCACCGUCAUCAUCAGAAACUAGGUGGUGGAGUGUUAUGCCUUGCCUUUAUUUUGUCAAGACUCAAUAUUCGGCUCUUUUACAAAUUUUUACCAUACCAAAGCAUUAUAAUUCAUUGCCAACACGUAAUCAAAUGAAGCUUAUAAACCAUUUAUUAAAAAUAAUUGAACCAUUGAAAAUGUUGGGUGAAUCAAUGGCAUCUGAAAAGAACAUAACAAUUUCUGAUUUAUGGCCAAUAUAUCAAAAAUUGAACUUAAUGUAUAAGCCACUUAGUCAAAGAAAUGAUGUUGAUUGUAAUAAUCUCAGUGAUAAUGAAUACUCGGCUCCAUUAUUUCCAAAUAGUGAUGACAGUGACUAUACAGAAAUAUUCACACAACCAAGAAAUCAAGAUGAUUCAGGUGGUGAAGAUAAUGAAGAAGAAACUUCAGAAAAAAAUUCAUUAUCUCAAGCUCUUAAACAUGUUGAACAAUUAGUUGUUUCAGAAAUUUUAGAAACUUUGUCAAAAAGAUACUAUUAUAACGAACAUACCAUGCAAUUAUUACAAAAGGCUUCAUUUUUAGAUCCUCGGUACAGAAACAAACAUCUUGGAGACCAAAACCAAAUAAGUAUAGCAGCAUUUUUAGACAACUCAACUUCUUUACCAACGUCACAUGAAGUUUCAACUGCCGAAUCUGAAGUAGAAAGUAUUAACAAAGAAAUACAAGGAUACUUGCAGAUGCCAAUUGUAUAUUUGUCUGCAAGUCCAAAAAAUUGGUGGGAAAAAUAUGGCACUGAAUUCCCAAGACUUGAUACUUUGGCCAAAAAAUACUUAUGUAUACCUGGAACUAGUGUACCCUGUGAACGACUUUUCAGUACCGGUGGUAACAUAUGUACCGAUAAUCGUGCAUCGCUCGCUCCAGGUCAUGCAGAGCAAUUGAUUUUUCUAUCAAAAAAUUCUCAGUUUCUUUAA